AUGGAGAUGACAAUAUUAGAUUUUCUUUUUUCCUCAGUUAAUUUUCUCCUAGUUCCUUUACUUUUUUUUGUCCCAUUGGUUACAUUUUUAUUUGCCAACAGAAUUACCAAUAAUGAAGUUAACGAGAAUAACAAGUUUACCAAUAUUGAAGUCGACGAGAAUAACGAAAUUACCAAUAAUGAAGUCGACGAGAACAACGAAAUUACCAAUGAUGAAUACGAGAAGAAUAAUAUCAUUGUUAAUGAGGAGAAUAAUGAAAUUACCAAUAAUGAAUUUGAUGAAUAUGACGAGAGUACCAAUAAUGAGUAUAAAAAAGCAGAGGAAUAUGAUAAUAAAAACGAUAACAUCGAGGAUAAGAUAUUCCCAAAUUAUGAAAAAGCGGUCGAAGAAUUUUUCUCUGAGAUCGACCACGGAAUGAAACAUGAUAGAUGGGAAACCUAUAUAACAAAUUUUCUACGAACAACCGAAUCAAUAAGAUCAGAAAUGAUUGAAUAUCUAACACAUCAUCAACAACCACAAAACCAAGUACUCCUAGGGGUAUUCUAUUUACAAGAAUCGCAAAGACAACAAGCAUUUCAAGAAUUUAAAAAAGCCGCAGAAUCAAACAAUUCGUAUGGACAAUAUUUCCUUGGAUAUUGUUAUAGUCGUGGAAUUGGAACAUCAGAGGAUUCCACCAUGGCAGUUUAUUGGCAACGACAAGCUGUGAACCAACGGAAUCCAGCUGCUUAUUUCGCUUUAGCAUUAUGUUACGAUAAUGGAAUCGGUGUAAAAAAGGAUCAAAAAAAGUCGUACGUCUUGUAUUGUAAAGCGAUGGAAAAUGGUUAUCUUGGUUCUUUUGCUGCACUUGCUUAUGCUUAUGAUCGUGGAAUGGGAGUACAACUUGAUAUGCAUAAAACCAUUUAUUGGUUACGAAAAAGCAAAGAAGCUGGGAAUACUUUUGCACACGUUUACAUAGAGGCAAAAUUUAGCUGGAAGCAUCGUUCGUAA